AUGGCCAAUGAGAGUUUCCCAGCAUACUUCGUUCUUCUCGGCUUCUCUGAAUGGCCCCAGCUGGAAGUGAUUCUCUUCUGGAUCAUUGUCGUCUUCUACGUCAUGAUUGUCCUCAGCAACUCAACCAUCAUUGCGCUCUCCUGUGUGGACCCCCUUCUCCACACCCCCAUGUACUUCUUUCUUAGCAAUCUUUCCCUGCUGGAGCUCUGCUUCACCACAACCACUAUGCCCCAGAUGUUGUCCAACUUGUGGGGUCCUGACAAGAGCAUCACCUACACAGGCUGUGUCAUCCAACUCUACGUGUUCCUCUGGGCCGGUGCCACAGAAUGCAUCUUGCUGGUGGUCAUGUCUUUCGACCGCUAUGUCGCCGUCUGCCAGCCCCUGCGCUACACCAUCAUCAUGCACCGCCCUCUCUGCUGGAAGCUAGCCCUUUCGGCCUGGCUGUCUGGCCUGACGGAGUCUCUCAUCUUAUCUCCUGUCACGCUCCAGCUGCCUUUCUGUUCCCAUCACCGUCUGGAUGAUUUUCUGUGUGAGAUUCCUUCCCUCAUACGCCUGGCUUGUGGAGACACCUCUGCCAGUGAGUGGCAGCUGACCAUCUCUUCCGUCAUCUUCACCAUGGUGCCUGUGGGGUUGAUUCUGACCUCGUACAGCUACAUAGCCCAGGCGGUGGGGAGGAUGAAGUCAGAGGAAGGGAGGCAGAAGGCCAUUUUCACCUGCUCUUCCCACCUCCUUGUGGUCUUCAUGUUCUACGGGACAGUUGCGAUGGUGUACACAGACCCCAAGACCAACUUCGCUUCAAAGAAUGGCAAGUUUUUCACCUUCUUCUACACUGUGGUCACACCUUUGUUGAAUCCUCUUAUCUACACUCUGAGGAACAAAGACGUAAAAAAUGCUUUGAUAAGACAGCUGAGAAAGUGGAUCAGUCCAUGA